AAACUAAGGUAAUUCAGCCAUUUUGACCUAUAUUCGGUUGUGCUGGGAAGCGACUGCGAUGGUGGUGAGCAGAAUCAAGAAUGGCAGCUAAGAGCAUACCUUUAUUGCAUCACUGAUCACAUCGUAUUCGAUGCAUAUUGUGUGGAUUCGAAGGGUGCGUCCGGAGAAUCGUGAAUAUGGAAGGUCCCGAUAGUCGCGAGAGGGUAGCGGGAGUGACAGCUGCUGGUCGGCCAGUGGGCAAUUUUCUUGGUGUAGAGAGAACAGCGCAAAGCAUGGCAAAAGAUGGGUCCACUGACUUCGGCAGGUGUAGCGGUAUCGACAUCUCGGAGACGUGCAGUUCAGCAGAGGUAAAUGAGAAAAUACACACAUUUUUGCAUGUGGAAUCAGCCGGCCCCUCCUCGUCAACUGGCAUUAAAUUUGAGAAUGAAGAGGAUCAGGAUUUGAUACUUGAACUUGAUAACACAGAAGACAUGUGUCCAGCUCAAGCAUCAUCCAGUACAACAGUCAUCCAGAAUGCUUUGAAAGAUGAGGGCAAAGUGCAGCAGGCUGCAGAUUCUAAUAGUUCACGCCAAACAUUUGUUCCUUGUAAAGUGUGUGGUGAUAAGGCUUCAGGCUAUCACUAUGGAGUUACAUCCUGUGAAGGUUGCAAGGGUUUUUUCCGCCGCAGCAUUCAGAAACAAAUUGAAUAUCGUUGUUUGAGAGAUGGCAAAUGCCAGGUCAUUCGACUAAAUCGCAACCGUUGCCAAUACUGUCGAUUCAAGAAGUGUCUUGCUGUGGGCAUGUCUAGGGAUUCUGUUCGAUAUGGCCGAGUUCCCAAGCGGUCCAAAAGCUUAGAGGAGCAGAGUGUGAGUUCAACAGAUUCCUUGCAGGAGCAGUCAGCUUUGGAAUCUCGGCAGCUAGCUAUAUAUGAUGUAAUUUUAAGCAUUUCCCAGGCUCACCAUGCACACUGCGGUCUCACAGAUGACAAGAUCAAGAACAUCCCCCGCACUGCAGCAACCCUUUUGCAGAUGAAUAAGCUACGGAUCCCAGAAGGUCGAACCCAUUACACAGAUGAAGAACUAGAAGUGCAGCGAAUGCUAAUGUGGCAGCAACUAGCAACCCUUAUUACACCCACCAUUCAUAGUGUAGUGGAAUUCUCUAAACGAGUCCCUAAUUUCUCAGAUCUAUCACAAGAUGAUCAGCUCAUCCUCAUUAAGACAGGCUUCUUUGAAAUCUGGUUGACUCGUAUGGCACGCAUGUUCAGCCGCAGUGACAACAUGGUGAUGUUUGAGGAUGGCAGUUUGAUUUCCAGGGAUGAGAUAUCUGUGGUGUAUACGCCUGAUUUUGUGACGAGCAUGUUUGACGUGAGUGCUAGCUUCAAUAUGUUGAACCUAAAUGACACAGAAAUUGGCUUGUUCACUGGCAUCGUUCUGGUCACUGCAGAUCGCCAUGGUCUUUCAGAUCCACAUGGGGUAGAGAGAAUACAGGAUCGCUUGAUAGAAGCCCUCAAACUGCAGAUGUAUUUUCAAACAGGACCUUUUUCUAUGAAAAACAAGUGGGUAUAUUUGCAGCAAGGAAAGGAAGCAUUUGGAGAAAGCUAUAGAAGUCUGGAUAAUUAUUUUGCCAUGAAACUGCCUUUAAUUGGCUGCUUGGCAUAGAAUCCUACCCACUCACUUAAAAACUUCUUGGUGUAAAGACUAAAGAAGGUAUUUUGAAAACAAAAACUAAUUACUUUCGUAUUACAUAAGGCAAUUUAUAGCUUGUGACUAGCCACAUUGAAUAUCUGUAUCCAGUUUCUUAAAAUAAAUGCUUGAUCUAAAUACCAUGUAUGUAUAUCUUGUAAAAUAAAUUCACCCACUUGAAGUUCAGUGCAUGACCCAGUUGUCAAGUUUUGGGCAUCUUGCUUAGUAAAGAAAUGUAGCAGCAUUUUUUUUUUUUAAAAAGCUAAAUGCUAUUACAGACAGAGGCAUAUCAAACAAAAAAGAUAAUAAUUUAUGAUUUUACAGCAUUUAUUCAUAAAAACAAAUGUCAAUCAUCAUGCAUUUGUUGCGUAGUAUGAUAGAGAAGAAUGUGAAUAUUUCUGAGUUCUUCAAUAAAAGGGAUUAAACCAGCCACUGUAAACAUGGUGGUGCUUUAUCUCCAUCUACCAUUGUAUUUUGAGACAUCUAUUUGCUAAUUACUUCAUUCCCAUUAGAAGCAACAUAUUGAAAUUGCUAGCUGAUAAUUUAUUUUAAGGCCUGACAUGCCCCCCCCUCCUAAAAAUAAAAAAAUUUACAUUUUUCAGCAGCAUUUGUAGGAAACACUCUUUGCUCAUCUUUCUAAGUCAGCAGUUGCAGGGUGAUGGGAUGAACAUCAAUAUAUAAUUCUUUCAUUAAGGAAAUCGGUUUGUCAUUUUUUCUCGAGACGAUUACCACAUGAUGGAUGGGGAUUUCAACAGCAGAAUUAGUUACAUUAAGUUGUCAUUUUUAAUUUUUGUUGUUACAACAGUCUAAUGCUGUCCUGGGUUGUUUUGGGUUUUUUUCCCCCUUCACAUGUGAUAUUUUCAGAAGAAAUGAGCAUCUGACAGGCAUUAUGAACACUUCAUAUGUACCAUUAAUGUCUCAGAAAGAAAGUAUCCCUUGAACUAAGUUUUGAGUUGUGGUGAACAUUUGUUUUACAUUCAUAAGCCAAGCCCAGUUGGAUUGUGGGACACCCGAAGCAUGAGCUAUAAUCUGGUCAUGGUUGGCAUUAGUGAAUUCUGAUUGGGUAUAAGCACUUACAUGCAUCCAUAUUAGAAAAUUUCCUUCCCUUUGUCUUGUCUAAACCUAUUGGCCUUGACCUGACCUUUGUUUGAAAGGCAAAUGAAAGUUCUGACAGUAUGCGAUGCGACCCAGUUUCUCAGAACACAGUGUGCGUUGCUAUGUCCCAGACAUUCUCAUUCUCGCUAAUUUUGCACACAGCAAAAGCAAGUAUAAAAUCAGUCGCUGUCUUUAGUGAUGAAAUAUAUGUAUAUUUCUAGAUGGUUUUAUGAAAAACCACGUGGAGAGUGGAUAGAAGAUAUGUUGAACAUUCAUAAUAUGCCAAAAUCUCACAACAGCUUAAAAGGAAAUUUUUCCUCAGAUUUGGGGAUGUGUCAGGCCUUGAUAAGUUGUACUUUUUAUUUUACUUUUUUUUUUUUGUUUUGGAUGCACUGGAUUUUUAUAGAUUUUUGGCUUUCACCUGCAAUAAUUUCAAUUUUGUAAGAUAUGAAAUAGAAUGGCAUUUGUUAUGUUGAUUGUAGUACCCAGACAUUUUACUGCUAUUUCAGUGGGUUAUUGUUCAGAUGCACAAAUGGUCUUUUUAACCUCAUCAAUAUGAUUAAUAUCACAUUUGUUUGUGCCAUAUACUGAGCUGUUUUCUGCAUCAGCGAGAUCAAAUUUUUUUUUUUUUUUUUUGGUCCCAUCUGGUGCCAUCUAAGAUAGAUUUUAAAACAGUUUUUGUUUCUUGUGAAUUUCUACCCUGUUUUAAACCACACAGAAGAAGCUAUGUUUUGAAAUUGUUAUAUGUGCUUGUGUGAGUUUAUUUUUCACAGAACGGGUCACUAUUUUACAAAUUUUUGUAAAUAGCAUAGAGCGGUGCCAUUUUGAAAUUUCAUUUCACCUUUCACCCCUGUUUUUCCUCAGGAUGCAACAAAAUGCAGCUGCUGCCUCCUUGCCUACCAUUGUCAGGAGACUGACAUUAGAACUGGCACUGUUGUUAGGAAACUGAUAGAUUCAGGCAGUUCACCAUGGAGAUGUAUUUUGUGAGCUAUCAGGAAUGCUUCUUGUAGAUGAAAAUUAAGAUGGACCACUGUUGUAUGAAGAUUUUAAAAGAGUAUGUACUGCAAGAAAUUUUGUUUGUUGUAUUGGAAGUAGUGAUAUUGAUCUCCCCAUUCCUGAAUUUCAGGGAGGUUGCAGCUAGAGUACAUGCACGCUUUUUGAAACUAGUGCGCAAGAAAUGGACAGCUUAAACAUGCAAAUGUUUAAUGAUUUUGUGCCAUAAUAUUUGUUGCGGUUAUUAGGUUUUGUACCUUUUUUUUAAAAAACAUUUGUCUAUAUUCAAACAUUUUCAUGUAUGUCAGCAAAUGCGUAUAAAAGGCAGUAGACAAACUGGGUGUGAACAUGUGGAAGUAGAGAAUAAAGUAUAUUUUCUUAGUGGACUAAUGCUGUAUGUGUGUGCACACUGUCAAGGUUUGAUAGUUAACUAAUUUGUGGAGUAUUAAAAGAUGAAGUAAAAUCACUAAAAAUGAGCAGCUUCCAACAGGAGAGAAAGCUAGCAAGUGGUGGACAUUGUUAUUGCAGUAGACUGAUGCCAUAUUCUGGGUUUUCAAGCAAUUUUAGUGACAAGUUUGUUCCUUUUUCCAAGAUAGCCAUAAAUUGCAAAUUGUGAGAUUUAAAAAACAUUAAAACAUAUCUUAUAUAUUAUAUCAAAUAUAAAUUUACAAAUUUGCUAGACAUACUUCAAAGAUAUGCUAAAAAUUAUGCCAUUUCAAAAUGAUUGCUGUGCAACAAUCAGUGCUGUCUAGAUCAAGCAAGAACAUUUUUCUGUACAUAAUAACAACCUCUUCACAGCUUAAAACAUGGAAAAUUAAGGUCAAUUGCUAGAAUUGCUAACCUAGAUAGUCCAUAAUUGAUCUUAAUAGUACCAGUUUGACUAGCCAGUAGGACAGCCAUAGGCUUGAUGUAGUCAUAGUGAUUAAUUUCUAAGGAUAAACAUUGUAAAAGAACUUAAUUGUGUGGGUAAAGAAACUCCCAAGAUCUUGUGUGUGUCCUAAUCUAGUGAAGAACUGUCUUUUCUUUCUUAAUUUAUUCCAGAACUUCUGUUUGUGCCCAUAAAAUCUGAAGGUAAUGGCAGAUCUUAUUGAGGUGUUACUGAAAGCAAGGGCAAGUGACCGUGGGAUAUAUGGUGUUAAGUCUAGGCCAUUUGGGUUACAUUAUAACCUGUGCUGUCAGGCAUAACAAAGCAGCUGUUUAUUUCAAUUUGUAUGACUUAUUACAAGGAAGCUGUAGAGAGGUCAAGCCAGCAGUAAUGUGAAAUGAGCAGCAUAUGUCAAAGAGAUGUGUGCCAUUAAAAAAAAUAGCAACUUUUAUAUGUUGGUGGUAGCUAGCUUUGAACUUUUAUUUUGAAGUCAUGAAUUUAUGUGAUUGAUAUAUUGUAUUAAAUGGGUGGCUGUAGCACGUGCUUUCAAAGUAUUUAUGUUCUGAAGAUAGUUUUUUUAUGAAGUUUUGCAUUAAAAUUUGCACUGACUAGGACUUAUAUGAGUGUGUGCUGGGAGUGGUAUUGGCACAUGCUGUCUCAGGUGAAAUUAAUCAGAAGCAAGCAGUUGCUAGCAUUGUCUCAGGUUAUAAAGAUGACACAUUUUUAAUGGAUCUUUUCUUGCAUAUUAAUAACAUUGUUUGCUAUAAGCAUUUUCAAAAUCUCUUCAUAUAUUGCCUGUCCUGUGCUGCUGUUUAUCGUCACUGUGAAUUUGUCAAAAUUGUGUAUGAUUGUAUGAGCGAGCAAAUUAUAGAGAAAACAUUUGUACUUGCCAUUAUACCACAUGAUUUUUGCUCAGCGUGUAUGUAGGCAGUAAAACAUAUUCUAGGUUUCUUGACUUUUAUGGAUUGAGGAAGGAAUCCAAUCAUUUAAGACAAAAGAUGGAGCACAAGCCUGUAAUGAUUAGGUCUUGAUGAAAGUUCUGCUGAGACAUGUUUGCUGCAAGUCACCUGAUACCAUCAUUUCAUUCAUGAAUUCAUUUUAUUCUUCUCAGCAUGAUUCAUAUAGUCUAUUGCUACAUCAGUUUGUUUACACAUGAUUGGAAAAAAAAGAUGUAGCACACAAGCAUAAGGUUUAUUUAACCCAAAGAAGGUUAGGCUAGCAGUUAUUUUAGAAUAAAAUGCCAUGCUGCACAUCAGCAUUAUCUCUCCAUCACAUAUAAAUAGCAAAAAAGGAAUAUCGAUAUGGUGAACAUUUAAAGGAAAUGGUUUAGUUUUGAACAAGACACCAGUAGUAUGAUAAUAAGGUAGAAACAUUUAUGGAAGUCUAUGCUUUGGUAUUCCACUAUUAUCUUUUUUGAGGGUUGGCUGUCCUGGGUUCAGCUCUAAUUUCAGGCACCCUGUUCUUUCUCUACAUGUGCCAUCUGUUUACAGGGCUGGCUGCCUUGCCAUGAUAUAGCUUUAGUUGAUGGUUCGGCAUAAAACACCAAUUUCACCCCUUCACCCCACCUUUGGUAUUGGAUGGUGAACAUUUAAUGUAGAAGCUUAUACUGUAAGCAACAGCAGCAAAUUGUUUUCGGUACACGAAAAAUAUAGAUUCUUCUUGGACAAUUAAACCAUUUGUGGUUGUGUAUGUGCAGAUAUGCAGUUCUUUACAUGGAGAUGAACACACUUCAUACACAUACACAGAGCAUUGUUUAGUUCCUGUCCUAUGGCAUACAUGUAUCUUCUUGAUCUGAAUUCAUUAUGACUAUUCUGAAGAGCUGUUUUGUGGUGAAUGCAGUCAAGUACCAGUAAUACUGCACUUUACAAAACUUGUAUGAUUAUUAAUUCUACUACUGUUGUGUAAAGCACACACAGCUGCUGUAAAGUGGAAAGGUGUGCUUGCUCUAUAAAUCCAUUAUUACUAGAUAUAUGGUACUGCAUUCUGCAUUCUGAGUCACACAGACAAGUAAACCAUUCCAGUUUUGAAUCUGGUAGAUUUAUGAAAAUGGCACUGUACAUUUUUAUUUGGCAAAUGAUUUAUCCUUUUAAGUACCAAGUCUUUUGUUUCCCACCUUCACGUAUACUAGUUUUACCAUAUCCAUCGAAGUCCUCUUAGCAGCUGACAAUCCCUCUUUUCUCCCUUCUUUAAUAUCAAAAUAUGCUUAAAUGGCAGAUGUGGUUUCUUUUCAUGUACCAUGAUAUUUUUAUCUAGUACUUUUCUUUUUAUAUUCAGUCAUUGUAUGCAGGUGCAUAUGUGUUUGGGGUAUGGGUGUUGCCAAUUAAAUCAUGUACAGAGAGGGCUUAUUUGUGUGUAAAGGGGUGUAACUGUGUAGAGAAUUCCUUUAAACAAUAUUUUGAGGAAAUUGUACUUCUGAGUCUAUGUGCCAUGUUAAAUAAUAUUUAUGUCAAACAGGCUGCUAGUGCCUGCUUGCCAUUUAAAACCACAUUUUAUUUUUUAGUCAUGUCAUAUUGUCCUUACACCUCCCUCCCCUCAUUGUAUUCCACUAAUAAAAUGUCAUGCUUACAGCGGUAUCAGUAAAA